CUCAUCCCCGAGGGGCCCCUGCAGCCUCCGCGCGAAGACGGGCUCCAGCCCGGCGAGGGAACGAAAAGUAACUUGGCCUUUUCUCGGAGAAACCAGGGAGGAAUCGGCGUCGGGGGAAGAGGAGGGUGCUAAGAUUGCGGACCGAGGCGCGUCCGGGCAGAUUAUGUGAUCGCCUCCGUGUCGGGGUGGAGGACUUCGCUUCGGGGAGGGAAGAGGAGGGAUCGGCGGUUCGCUCCUCUCCGGCGGCAGCGGCGCGGCGCGGCGCGGCGCAGCGACUCGGCAAGGCGGAGUUUCGCGGCCGCCGCACCAGAGUCGAGCCAGGCGAGCCGGCGGGGAGGUCGCUCCAUCCAGUCCCGGCGGCCACGAAAGCCCCGGCACCGGAGCGCCGGAGCGGGCAGGGCGAAGGCCGGGGGGACCGAGGGAACGAAGGAGCGAGCCGGCGAUUGCACCCCCCCGCCGACCCCAGCGACGCAGCGCCGGGCGGCAUGGAGAAGGAAGGGCUGAGCCGGGCGGACCAGCAGUACGAGUGCGUGGCGGAGAUCGGGGAGGGCGCCUAUGGCAAGGUGUUCAAGGCCCGCGACCUGAAGAACGGAGGUCGGUUCGUGGCACUGAAGCGCGUGCGGGUGCAGACGGGCGAGGAGGGCAUGCCGCUCUCCACCAUCCGCGAGGUGGCGGUGCUGAGACACCUGGAGACCUUCGAACACCCCAACGUGGUCAGGUUGUUUGAUGUAUGCACAGUGUCACGAACAGACAGAGAGACCAAACUAACACUAGUGUUUGAACAUGUUGAUCAAGAUUUGACCACUUACUUGGAUAAAGUUCCAGAGCCUGGAGUGCCAACUGAAACCAUAAAGGAUAUGAUGUUUCAGCUUCUCCGAGGUCUGGACUUUCUCCAUUCUCACCGAGUUGUGCAUCGUGAUCUGAAGCCUCAGAACAUUCUGGUGACCAGCAAUGGACAAAUAAAGCUAGCCGACUUUGGCCUUGCCCGAAUCUAUAGUUUUCAGAUGGCUCUUACCUCAGUGGUUGUCACCUUGUGGUACCGGGCUCCUGAAGUCUUGCUCCAGUCCAGCUAUGCCACCCCCGUGGACCUCUGGAGUGUUGGCUGUAUCUUUGCAGAAAUGUUUCGUAGAAAGCCUCUUUUUCGUGGAAGUUCAGAUGUGGAUCAACUGGGAAAAAUCUUGGAUGUGAUUGGACUCCCAGGAGAAGAAGAUUGGCCUAGAGAUGUUGCCCUUCCUAGACAGGCUUUUCAUUCCAAAUCUGCCCAGCCCAUUGAGAAGUUUGUAACAGAUAUUGAUGAACUAGGCAAAGACCUACUUCUGAAGUGCUUGACAUUUAAUCCAGCCAAAAGAAUAUCUGCCUACGGUGCCUUGUCUCACCCAUACUUCCAAGAUGUGGAAAGGCGCAGGGAAAACCCAGAUUCCCACCUGCCGCCUAGCCAGAACACCUCAGAGCUGAAUACAGCCUGAGGCCCCCUGGCUGCCUCAAGCUGAGCAUCUGGAGAACACCCUUGGUGGCCAGUGGAACCCCUGAGCAAGCCCUGCAGAGCUGUUGAGGGCACUGUCUGGAGGCCUUCCAGAUGCUGUCUUCUGGUUGGGCUCUUCUUUCUCCAAGGAAACCACCUAGUUUACUGUUUUGAAAUCAAUGCAAGAGUGAUUGCAGCUUUAUGUUCGUACAUCUGUCUGUCUGUCUAUCUGUCUGUUUCAAAAA